AUGGCUGAUAUAUAGUCAUUAAAAGUAGCCUUUAUUGAAUUCAUUGAAAAAUUACUGCCAUCGAUAUCAGAUCCAAUGUCAAUCACUUAAUAAAAAUGCUAAUUGCUCAUUAAACUUCUUAAAGAUCAAGGUAAAACAAUAUAGGAUGUUUGCUUAUAUAUUUAAAAUCUUAAAAUAGGACAUAUGAAACCUUCUAAUUAGAAUAUUUAAGAAGAGGAUAAAGUAAAAUCUCCAACCAAAACUAAAUAAAUAGAUCAUGAGCUAUUCUAACCUGAAUCUUAUUUUAGACUAAGUAAGAAUACCUUCAAUAAUUAACUAGAUCUUCCAAAUAAGGACUUAAUAAUUAAGAAAUCUAGUUUUAAGAAUGGUGAAUUAAAAGAAAAAAAUCAUAAUAUUGAUCAAAAUGAAAGACAAACAGAAGACAUCUCAACACCUCUUAAAUUUGGGAUUGAUAAAUUGAAAAGUAUUCAUUUAAUCUUAAAUAAAGAAACGCCAAAAACGACCUCAACCUUUAAUAUGUUCUUUUAAUAAGUCAAAGGAUUUUCAAUAGUUUCAAAAGAAUAUAUUAUUGAUGAUUUACAACAAUCUAUGAAAGAAUUCAGAAGACACACAAAAAUAAUGGGAUGCAUAGAACAAAGAUCCUUCGAGGUUAAUAGUGGUGAAAUAUCUGAAGUUGAUAAAAAGCUACAUCAUUAAAACUACAAUUUUACAAGUUACUCCAAAUAAGUUGAAAGAUAAAAAUCUUUUAAAAAAAUGAGCAUAUUUGAACAAAAAAAAAAUACAGAAUCGAACACUCAAAUAUAAAAUAAUGAACAAUUAUAACCUUAAUAACAGGUACCAACAAUUUCGAAUACAUCCUCUAUUUAAAAAGAUUAAGAAUCUACAAAUAAUGAAUCUCAAUAACCAUAAACUGCUCGUACAUAUUUACCUUCUAAACCAUCAUUAUAUUCUUAUAGAGCUUAAUAAAGAAGAAAUGAUUAAUAAGGAUAUUUAAAUUAGAGAAACAAUUCUUAAUAAGAAUAAAAUAACGAAUAACUUAACAACAUAAAUUAAUAAAAUAAUGAAUCAGAAAAUUAAUAAAAUGAUACAAAAUCUAAAGAAGUCCCACUCUCAUUAGAAUCAACAUGCAAUUAAACCUAAGAAAUUAUUAAAUUAGGCACUAUUUCAUCACCUAAAUAGACAUCCAACUAAAUAUCUAAUAAUGAAACAGUUUCUGUUGAUACUUAAAUAAAUUCUCUACCAGUUUCACCUAUACUGAACAAUUCGAAAUUUACUAUUGAAUCUACUUAAUCUUAAAACCAUUCUAGAGAAUAGUCAAUCAAUGAAGAAAUUAAAGUUGAUCAAAAGUAAGAAGCCCCUUAAAGAAAUACUUAUACUAGAUUUAAUUACACUCAAUAAAGAUUAUAAUAAAUCAGAGGAAAUUUGAUUUAAAAUAAUUAUAGAGGAUCAAUUAAUAAUAAUAUGGAUGAUAAAACUACAGAUAUUAAGAUAGAUAUGAAAUAAUUGGAUUAAAAUUUUUGA